AUGGCAUACAGCGAGACUACUGGGUCCUACUCGAGCCUAUUGAAUGCUCUUCGACCCGUAAAUGGUGCCGGUCCAAAUCGGAAGCGUCGCAAGUUGGACCACCAUCCAGAACUUGAGACCGGCGAAUCUACAAGUCCACGAUCAUCAGCGACGUACACAGAUCACGACAAGACUGAAAACGCGCCAGUUGCGGCAAAGACUCAGGAUGUUUCAAAGGAUGCGAUUGAAGGUGGCGAUGCCAAUGAAGCAGAGGAUGCUGAAAGUGAAGACGGAGAUGAGACGGAGGAUCCUUUCGACCGCCACUUCUCGAUCCCUACUGUGAAAGAGAUUCAGGCUUCCAUAGCAGAGCGCAGUCGUGAUAAGCAAAAACCAAACUCGAAGAUGGUAGGAACUUCAUUACGCAAAACCUGGCUUGCUGCGCCAGACACGCAGCCAUCGUCAGUGGUCAGAAAACUUGCGGACAUCAGUCUGAAGCGGCGGCUCCAGCACAAGGCCUCCGAGCUCAUCGCUGACCUUACAGAGUCUGAGUCAGAUGUGGCCGGUGCGAUCUUCGGGUACCACGAUGUGGUGGUUGGCUGUCGCACAGUGACAAAUUCGUCCAGAUUUAGAGACAUUUGUGUCCUUCAUGCGCUCAAUCAUGCCUUCAAAACCAGGGACCGAGUUUUGAAGAACACAGCGAAGCUAUCUCAAAGUGAUGAUGAUCAACAGGAGUAUCGAGACCAAGGAUUUACCAGACCAAAGGUCCUAAUCAUGUUACCAACAAAGCAGAGCUGUGUCCGCUUCAUCGACGCGAUUGUGAGAUACAGCGAACCAGAACAACAGGAGAACAAGGCUCGCUUCUUGGAGACCUUCUCUCGUGAUGACACUGAAGAGUGGUCUGAGAAGCCCGAGGACUUCCAAGAGCUCUUUGGUGGCAAUCAUGAAGAGGACUUUCGCAUCGGGCUUAAGUUUACCAGAAAGACGAUAAAGUAUUUCUCUGGCUUCUACAACUCCGACAUCAUACUGUGCUCUCCACUUGGCUUGUUUCGAGCCAUCAGUUCUGGCGGCAGCAAGGAUGAAAAGAAAGCGCCGGACGCUGGUUUUCUAUCAUCCAUAGAGAUCGCAAUCAUCGAUCACGCCAGUGCUUUACAAAUGCAGAAUUGGCAGCACGUCGAGUCUGCUUUCUCUGAGCUCAACGGUAUUCCAAAGGAGUCACAUGGAUGCGACUACAGACGGGUCAGGGAAUGGUAUCUUGAUGGGCUCUCCAAGUACAUGCAGCAAACGAUCAUCCUCUCAGCCUAUUUGACACCCGAAAUCAAUGCUUUGGCUUCAUCUCGAUUGCACAACAUCGCAGGUAUGAUCAAGUACGUACCUCUCUACGAAGGUUCCAUGCUUGAUGUCACCAACUCGGUUCCAAUACCCGUCAGCCAAACAUUCCUACGCUUCGACUCCCCAACAGCCUCGAAGGACAGCGACGCACGAUUUAAAUAUUUCUGCGCCUCCAUCAUACCUCAGAUUGCGAAGGACAAGGGAAGCAAGGGCGUGUUAGUGUAUGUACCGACCUAUGCAGACUUCACUCGAGUAAGGAAUCACCUCACCAACUCCUUGGAGAGCACUUCCAUUUCGUUCGGAUGUGUCUCCGAAUAUACAUCAGUCAAGGAUACUGCACGGGCACGUUCUCAUCUGUUAAGUGGACGUAAUACCAUUUUGCUAUAUACCGAGCGAGCACACCACCAUUUCCGCUAUAAGAUCAAAGGUGUACGCAAGGUUAUCUUCUAUGGACCACCCGAAAACCCCAUCUUCUGGAACGAGAUCGUGGCGAUGCUUGGAAUCAAUCGAGAUCUCAUAGAUGGCAGCGUGAAUGGUGGGAAGGGUUCUGCCAGGGCGAUGUUUUCGAAAUGGGACGUCUUGAAGCUGGAGCGUAUAGUCGGGACGGAUCGAGUCGGUCGGCUUAUCUCGGACGGCGCCGGCGAUGUCUUCGACUUCGUCUGA